GCUUCGGUCUCGCCAUCAUUCCAGUUUUGCUAAAUAGCUUGGUAGCCGAUUUUUUAACACCUAUUUUUCCCCACCAGAGCAAUGGAGGUGACGAUGGACCCUUUGUUUCUGGCCUGGAGCUAUUUCAGGAGGCGAAAACUCCAACAAUGUUCAGAUAUUUGCACAAAAAUAUUACAAGACAACCCGUACGACCAGGACUCCUCCUUACCUAUCUCAGAGGCUGCAUGGAGCUUGAAAACCCGUGCUCUUACAGAGAUGGUAUACAUAGAUGAAGUUGAGGUCGACCAGGAGGGGAUUGCUGAGAUGAUGCUGGAUGAGAGCUCAAUUGCUCAAGUUGCACGACCUGGAACAUCACUGAGGCUCCCUGGAACAAGUCAGGGUGGAGGUCCCACAGCGGCUGUCAGGCCUAUGACACAAUCAGGGCGUCCCAUCACAGGAUUUGUAAGACCCAGCACACAAUCAGGGCGUCCUGGGACAAUGGAGCAGGCCAUCAAGACCCCACGCACUGCAAGCACUGCUCGUCCUGUCACUAGCGCCUCUGGCAGAUUUAUCCGUCUGGGAACUGCUUCAAUGUUAACCAAUCCAGAAGGACCAUUUAUAAACUUGUCGAGACUAAAUCUGGCCAAGUAUUCCCAAAAGCCCAAUCUAUCCAGGACACUGUUUGAGUACAUCUUCCAUCACGAAAAUGAUGUAAAAAAUGCUUUAGAUCUGGCUGCUCAAGCUACUGAACAUGCUCAAUUCAAAGACUGGUGGUGGAAAGUUCAGUUGGGGAAAUGCUACUACAGGCUUGGUUUAUAUCGAGAAGCAGAAAAACAGUUUAGAUCAGCUCUCAACCACCAAGAGGUGGUGGAUACAUAUCUCUACCUUGCAAAGGUAUAUCAACGUCUGGAUCAACCAAUAACCGCUCUCAACCUUUUCAAGCAAGGCCUUGACCACUUUCCUGGUGAGGUUACUCUGCUAACAGGAAUUGCUCGCAUACAUGAGGAGAUGAACAACAUCUCAUCAGCCACAGAGUAUUACAAAGAUGUCCUGAAGCAGGACAACACUCAUGUGGAGGCCAUAGCCUGUAUAGGCAGCAAUCACUUCUACACCGAUCAACCCGAGAUCGCCCUGCGCUUCUACAGACGGCUACUCCAGAUGGGGGUGUAUAACUGCCAGCUGUACAACAACCUGGGCUUGUGCUGCUUUUACGCCCAGCAGUACGACAUGACUCUGUCCUCAUUUGAGAGGGCUCUGGCCCUGGUGGCCAAUGAUGAAGAGCAGGCUGAUGUAUGGUACAACAUAGGUCACGUGGCUGUGGGCAUAGGGGACUUGACACUGGCCUACCAGUGUUUUAAACUGGCUUUAGCUUUUAAUAAUGACCAUGCUGAGGCCUACAACAACCUGGCUGUGCUGGAGCUGCGCAAAGGUCGCAUCGAACAGUCUAAAGCCUUCCUGCAGACUGCUGCAUCACUGGCCCCUCACAUGUAUGAGCCACACUUCAAUUUCUCCAUUCUCUGUGAAAAGAUUGGAGACCUUCAAAGCAGCUACACUGCCGCCCAAAAGUCUGAGGACUCCUUUCCAGAGCACGUCGACACUCAGCAGCUUCUUAAACAACUUCGGCAGCACUUUGCAGUUCUGUGAGCGUCCGACCAGCAUGCAGAGGAAGCACAGCGUGGUUUGAAUAAUGUAGGUGUCAAAGAUAGGAGUUGUUGGGCUGCAGUUAUCACCAUCAGGCUUCAGAACAAAAGUUACUACGAAUGUCACGUUAGUCAGACAUGGAUGUCAAAGAAUGGACAUAGGGUUUGGUUGAUGUUUAUUUAUCAAAUGGUGUGUAGUCACUAGAUUGACAGUUUAUCAGGUACACCAGUGUUGUUGAAUUCUAUUGUAGGUAGCUCUCUGUGUUGCAUUUUCAUAUCCUCCUGAGACCCAAACUUUUGUUUGGUAUGCAUUUUUAAUUUCUCCUCACUAUUUAGGAUCAGUAGGACCUAAUUAGUAUAAAAAACUAAACACUCAAUGAUAAUUAAGUCUUAAUGUCUUCAAACAAGUACUUCCUAAUUAACAGCCUUUUAUCUUGUUACUGUUACUAAAAUUGGUCAAAUUUGUUGCCAUGUCAAA